CAAAAUGGCCGCUGCGCCGCUGGGUCCCUGAAGGGAAGGACGUGCGCGUCUUUCGCUCCGCCAAGUCCCGCGGGGCUUAUCGGCCCGAUACCUAGGCAGUGAGUGCCAGGCCUGGUCGAGGCAGCCCUCCGUUGUCCGGUCCAAGCGGUGUUGAUGGGUACCAGGCUUUACUCUUGAAAUGAAGAAAGGUCCUCAACAAAAAAUAUUCUCCAGUGCAAAGAUGCCAUUAUCAUCUCACUCUCCUAGUGCGUCAUCUCUUACGUCCAAUAUGAGAUCUAGGUCACUUUCGCCUUUAACUGGAUCUGAGACUUUGCCUUUUCAUUCUGGAGAACGGCAUUGUGAGCAAGUUGAGAUUACAGAUGAAGACAAUAUGCCUUUGGACAACCAAGACCAUAAAGGAGCUGUUUCACGAGUAGGAGUUCGAUAUAUUACAGAGGCCCUCAUUAAAAAACUUAGUAAACAGGACAAUUUGGCCUUGGUAAAAUCUCUGAACCUUUCACUUUCUAAAGAUGGUGGUAAGAAAUUUAGGUAUAUUGAGAAUUUGGAAAAAUGUAUUAAACUUGAAGUACUAAAUCUCAGUUACAAUCUAAUUGGAAAGAUUGAGAAGAUGGACAAACUGUUAAAAUUACGUGAACUCAACUUAUCAUAUAACAAAAUCAGCAAAAUUGAAGGCAUAGAAAAUUUGUGUAAUCUGCAAAAGCUAAACCUUGCAGGAAAUGAAAUUGAGCAUAUCCCCGUAUGGCUAGGGAAGAAGUUAAGGUCUUUGCAAGUCCUCAAUCUGAAAGGCAACAAGAUAUCAUCGCUCCAAGAUGUAAGCAAGUUGAAACCACUUCAAGAUUUGACUUCUCUGAUCCUAAUUGAAAAUCCAAUUGUGACCCUUCCUCACUAUCUCCAGUUUACCAUUUUCCACCUCCGUUCACUGGAAAGUUUGGAAGGUCAGCCAGUUACCACUAAGGAUAGACAGGAAGCUUUUGACAGAUUCAGUUUAGAAGAGGUAGAAAGACUAGAAAGAGACUUGGAAAAGAAGACAAUGGAAACUGAGGAGCUUAAGAGCAAACAAGAAAGGUUCCUUGAGGAAAUUAAAAAUCAAGAUAAACUGAACAAAUCAUUAAAAGAGGAGGCUAUGUUACAGAAACAGAGCUGUAAGGAGCUAGAGAGUGACCUGAACACAAAGAAUGAAUUGCUAAAACAGAAGACCAUGGAACUAACACGAGCAUGUCAGAAGCAGUAUGAGCUGGAACAGGAAUUGGCCUUUCAUAAAAUUGAUGCUAAAUUUGAGCCACUAAAUUAUUAUCCAUCAGAGUAUGGUGAAAUUGACAACACCCCAGAUGAAAGUCCUUACAUUGGCAAAUCAAGAUACAAGAGAAAUAUGUUUGCCACAGAGAGUUACAUUAUUGAUAAUGCCCAGGCAGUGCAGAUCAAGAAGAUUCAGCUAGAUGAAGAGGAACAGCUUAGAAAUGAGCAUGUGAACUUGAGAACUCAUGUACCACCGAAUGUACAACUGGAAGACAAAGAAAAAAAAAUAAGUGCAGCACAAACUCGACUGUCAGAACUUCAUGAUGAAAUAGAAAAGGCAGAACAACAGAUUUUAAGAGCUACGGAAGAAUUUAAACAACUAGAAGAAGCUAUACAACUAAAAAAAAUUUCAGAGGCAGAGCGAGACCUUCUUCUCAGACAGUUGAGUGGUAAACUACAACUUGUAAAUAAACUACGCCAGGAAGCUCUGGAUCUAGAACUGCGAAUGGAAAAGCAAAGGCAAGAAAGUACUGAAAAGGACAAGGAGAUCCAGGACCUACAAAUAGCCGUAGAUACCCUGGAUUCCAAAGACCCAAAACACUCUCAUAUGAAGGCUCAGAAAAGGGGUAAAGAACAACAGCUUGACAUUAUGAGCAAGCAGUACAAACAACUUGAAAGCCGUUUGGAUUCGAUACUUUUUAGAAUUGCUAAGGAGACUGAAGAGAUUAAGGACCUUGAACAACAGCUUACUGAAGGCCAGAUAGCAGCAAAUGAAGCCCUGAAGAAGGAUUUAGAAGGUGUCAUUAGUGGAUUGCAAGAAUACCUGGGGACCAUCAAAGGCCAAGCAACUCAGGCCCAGAAUGAGUGCAGGAAGCUACAGGAAGAGAAAGAGACAUUGCUACAGAAAUUGACUGAAGUCAAGCAGGAAAGGGACCAACUGGAAAUAGUUGCCAUGGAUGCAGAAAAUAUGAAAAAGGAGCUUGCAGAGCUAGAAAGUGCCCUCCAGGAGCAGCAUGAGAUGAAUGUGUCCUUGCAGCAGACUCAAGGAGAUCUCAGUGCCUAUGAAACUGAGCUAGAGGCUCAGAUGAAACUGAAGGAUGCUGAAGCCAACCAGCUCAAGGAAGAGUUGGAAAAACUCACAAGGCUUACUGAGUUAGAACAAUCAACCCUUCAAGCAGAGCUUGAGAAGGAAAGACAAGCCCUCAAGAGUGCCCUUGGAAAAGCCCAGUUCUUAGAAGAAAAGGAACAAGAGAAUAGUGAGCUCCGCACAAAACUUAAACAACUGCAGGAUGAUAAUAACCUGUUAAAACAGCAACUUAAAGAUUUCCAGAAUCACUUCACCCAUAAGGUCAAUGGUUUGAUUCGUCCAGAAGAAGUGGCAACUCGUGUGAAUGAGCUAAAGGCAAAACUGAAAUUAGGAGUUGGGGAAAUAAGAAUCCAUAGUCCUUCAGAUGUCUUAGGGAGAAGUCUUGCUGAUUUACAAGAACAAUUCAGUGAAAUUCUUGCACACUCCCAGUGGGAAAGAGAAGAAGCACAAGUUAGAGAGAGAAAACUCCAAGAAGAAAUGGCUCUGCAGAAAGAAAAACUGGCAAAUGGACAAGAAGAGUUCAAGCAGGCGUGUGAAAGAGCUCUUGAAGCAAGAAUUAAUUUUGAUAAGAGGCAACAUGAAGCAAGAGUCCAGCAGUUAGAAAAUGAAAUUCACUAUUUGCAAGAAAAUCUAAAAAGUAUGGAAGAAAUCCAAGGCCUUACAGAUCUCCAACUUCAGGAGGCAGAUGAAGAGAAGGAGAGAAUUCUAGCUCAACUCCAAGAAUUAGAAAAAAAGAAGCAACUUGAAGAUGCCAAAUCUCAGGAGCAAUUUUUUGGUUUAGAUAAAGAAUUAAAGAAACUAAAGAAAGCUGUGGCCAACUCUGAUAAGCUAGCCACAGCUGAGCUCACCAUUGCCAAAGACCAACUUAAGUCGCUUCAUGGAACUGUUUUGAAAAUUAACCAGGAGCGAGCAGAGGAGUUGCAGGAAGCAGAGAGGUUCAGCAGAAAGGCAGCACAAGCGGCCAGGGAUCUGACUCGAGCAGAAGCUGAGAUUGAACUCCUGCAGAAUCUCCUCAGGAAGAAGGAAGAGCAGGUUCGAACUGAGAUGGAGAAAGCAGAUGCAGCUACUGGAGGAGUAAACUCACAGGUGCUAGAGUUCGAGAAACUGAAUGAGACAAUGGAGCGACAAAGGACAGAGAUUGCAAGGCUGCGGAAUGUACUAGACUUCAUUGGGGCUGACAACAAAGGAGGCUUUGAAAACAUUUUAGAAGAAAUUGCCGAACUUCGUCGUGAAGUUUCUUAUCAAAAUGAUUAUAUCAGCAGUAUGGCCGAUCCUUUCAAAAGACGAGGCUAUUGGUACUUUAUGCCACCACCACCACCAUCAUCAAAAGUUUCCAGCCACAGUUCCCAGGCCACCAAGGACUCUGGAGUUGGCUUAAAGUACACAGCCUCGACUCCCAUUAGAAAAUCAUGUCCUGGGCAGCAAGAUGGGAGGGAAGGCAGUGGACCUCCACCUGCCUCAGGAUACUGGGUUUAUUCUCCCAUCAGGAGUGGGUUACAUAAGUCAUCUCCAAACAGAGAUGCAGACAGUGGAGGAGGUAGCCAAGAAGAGAGUGAUCCAGAUGACCAAGAGGAAACCCCGUUCGUGCCUCCCCCUGGAUACAUGAUAUACACCGUGCUUCCUGAUGGUUCUCCUGUACCGCAGGGCAUGGCCCUCUAUGCACCGCCUCCUCCCUUGCCCAACAAUAGCCAACCUUUCACCCCUGGCACUGUUGUUUAUGGCCCACCCCCUGCUGGGGUCCCCAUAAUAUACGGGCCUCCACCCCCCAACUUUUCUGUCCCACUCAUUCCUUUGGGUGUGCUGCAUUGCAACGUCCCAGAACAUCAUAACUUAGAGAAUGAAGUUUCUAGAUUAGAAGACAUAAUGCAGCAUUUAAAAUCAAAGAGAUGGGAAGAGCGGUGGAAAAGAGCAUCCAGGCAGCAGUCUGAGAAAGAAAUGGAAGAACUGCAACAUAAUACUGAUAGUCUUUUGCAAGAAAAGAAAGACUUGGAACAGUGGAGAAGAGCAUCUAAGCAGCAGUCUGAGAAAGAAAUGGAAGAACUGCAACAUAACAUCGAUGGUCUUUUGCAAGAAAAGAAAGACUUGGAGCGGUGGAGAAGAGCAUCCAAGCAGCAGUCUGAGAAGGAAAUGGAAGAACUGCAACAUAAUAUUGAUGGUCUUUUGCAAGAAAAGAAAGACUUGGAGCAUGAAGUAGAAGAAUUACAUCAAGCUAUCCAGAAACGUCAACAGCAAAAGGACUUCAUUGAUGGAAAUAUUGACAAUCUUGUGACUGAACUAGAAAUAGAAAAAUCACUCAAACACCAUGGUGAUAUUGUUGAUGAAAUUGAGUGCAUUGAGAAGACCCUUCUGAAACGUCGCUCAGAACUUAGGGAAGCUGACCGACUGCUGGCAGAGGCUGAGAGUGAACUUGCAUGCACAAAAGAGAAGACAAAAAAUGCUGUUGAAAAGUUUGCUGAUGCCAAGAGAGGUUUACUGCAAACUGAGUCAGAUGCUGAGGAGUUAGAAAAGAAAGCUCGGGAAACUGCUAUUAACCUUGUUAAAGCUGAUCAGCAGCUAAGAUUGCUCCAGGCUGAUGCAAAGGAUUUGGAGCAACACAGAAUCAAGCAAGAAGAAAUCUUGAAAGAAAUAAACAAAGUGGUGGCAGCAAAAGACUCAGACUUCCAGUGUUUAAACAAAAAGAAGAAAAAACUGAUGGAAGAGCUUCAGAAACUGCAAAAAGAUAUCAAGACGGCAGAACAGAGUGAGGAUCACCACCUGCAGGUGCUUAAAGAAUCUGAGACCCUCCUUCAGGCCAAGAGAGCUGAGCUGGAAAAGCUGAAAAGCCAGGUGACAAGUCAGCAGCAGGAGAUAAUUGUCUUGGACAGGCAGUUAGGGCAUAAAAAGGAGGAGCUGCAUCUACUCCAUGGAAGCAUGGUCCAGGCAAAAGCUGACCUUCAGGAAGCUUUGAGACUGGGAGAAACUGAAGUAACCGAGAAGUGUAGUCACAUCAGGGAAGUAAAAUCUCUUCUGGAAGAACUCAGUAUUCAGAAAGGAGAACUGAAUGUCCAGAUUAGUGAAAAAAAAACUCAACUUGCACUUAUAAAGCAGGAAAUUGAAAAAGAGGAAGAAAAUCUUCAGGUAGUUUUAGGGCAGAUGUCUAAACAUAAAACUGAACUAAAGAAUAUUCUGGACAUGUUGCAACUUGAAAACAAUGAGCUACAAGGUUUGAAGCUACAACAUGACCAAAAAAUGUCUGAGUUAGAGAAGAUUCAGGUUGAAGUGCUAGAGGAGAAACUGGAGUUAGAGAAUUUGCAGCAGAUAGCCCAGCGACAGAAAGGGGAAAUAGAAUGGCAGAAGCAGCUCCUUGAGAGAGAAAAAGGAGAAAUAGAGCAAAUGACUUCUGAGUCACAAGUAUUACAGUCUUGUGUUGAGCGUUUGAACAAAGAAAAGGAAGAUCUCCAGGAGAAAUGUGACAUUUGGGAAAAGAAGGUGGCACAAACCAAAAGGGUUUUAGCAGCAACUGAAGAAAACAGCAAAAUGGAAAAAUCAAACUUAGAAAAGAUGGAAUCGAAUGUCAGAGAACUGAAGAAGGAACUAGACCAACUAUACAGAGACAAGCUUACACUGCAUAACGACAUAGUAGCAGUGCAGCAGCAGCUACAAGAAAAACGAGAAGCAGUAAACUCACUACAGGAUGAACUAGCUAAGGUGCAAGACCGUUUGAAUCUAGCAAAACAGGACCUGCUUCACACCACCAAACGUCAGGAUGUAUUGGUUAGUGAGCAGACCCAACUCCAGGAUGACAUCAGUGAAUGGAUAAAGAGGAUUGAAAACUGUCAAAAAGAAGGGGAGACAAAACAACAACAACUUCAUGUGCUUCAGAAAGAAAUUGAGGAAAACAAGCUCAAACUAGUUCAACAAGAAACGAUGCUGCAGAAACUCCAGAAAGAGAGAGAAAGUGAAGAAAAAAAAUUAGAAGCCAGUAAAGUGACACUGAAGGAACAGCAGUACCAGCUGGAAAAGGAAAUAAUAGAGCAGAAAAGCAACUUGGACCAGAUGCUCACAAAGGUGUUGGUGGCUGAAGAGCGUGUCAGGACUCUGCAGCAAGAGGAGAGGUGGGGUGAGAGCCUCGAGAAGACACUCUCCCAAACCAAACGGCAGCUUUCAGAAAGGGAGCAGCAAUUAAUAGAAAAGUCAAGUGAGCUGCUGACUCUUCAGAAAGAGGCAGACUCUAUGAGGGCAGACUUCAGCCAACUGCGGAACCAGUUCUUGACAGAAAGAAAGAAAGCUGAGAAGCAGGUGACCAGUCUGAAGGAAGCACUAAAGAGCCAGCGGAGCCAGCUGGAGAAGAACCUUCUUGAGCAAAAACAAGAGAACAGCUGCAUGCAAAAGGAAAUGGCCACAAUCGAACUGGUAGCCCAGGACAACCACGAGCGGGCCAAGCGCCUGAUGAAGGAGCUCAACCAGAUGCAGCACGAGUACACGGAGCUCAAAAAGCAGAUGGAAAACCAAAAAGACUUGGAGAGAAGACAGAUGGAAAUCAGUGACGCAAUGAGGACACUUAAAUCGGAAGUCAAAGAUGAAAUCAGAACCAGCCUGAAGAAUCUCAACCAGUUUGUUCCAGAACUACCAACAGAUCUAGAAGCUAUUUUGGAAAGAAAUGAAAACCUAGAAGGAGAGUUGGAAAGCUUGAAAGAGAACUUUCCAUUCACCAUGACUGAGAGAUCUUUUGAAGAAAAACUGAAUUUCCCCAAAGUUCACAAAAUGGAUGGGCACUGGCGUGGAGAAGCACUCCGGGAGGAACUGCGUCACCGUGAAGAUCGACUCAAGGCCCAACUUCGACACUGUAUGUCCAAGCAAGCAGAAGUAUUAAGUAAAGGAAAGCGGCAGACAGAGGGCACAUUACACAGUUUGAGGAGACAAGUUGAUGCUUUAGGGGAAUUGGUCACCAGCACCUCUACAGAUUCAACAUUGUCACCCAGUCUGUCCCAAAUGGAGUCUACCCUUGCAGAGGAUUCUCAACUUGGACAAAAUCAGAGCUUCUUACUACAGGUUCUACAAAGUCCAUCAAAACCACCAGAUGGUUACUGACACUGAUGGCAAUUCCCAGCUUCCUGCUCACAGGGAAUACGGCACAGCCAGAUGAGGAAUACUGUAUUACGUAAAUGUAUUUGAGGAAAUACCUUCUCCACUACCUCACCAACUUGAUAAUUGGCAUGCCACUUGGUUUUUUGCCAAAGCUCCUCUGUAGUUUAUUUUGCUGAUAAUGUUAACACCAGGGGAUUUUGUAAAUCACUUUUACAUGUGGGAAUAGUUGUAUACAAUUUAAACCACGGUUCUAGGUGGCUGAGGAUUGUUUUUUUUAAAUCUUUGGACUGUAUUUUUAUAAAACCAAUGUUGAUUUUAACUGCAUAUUUUUAUCUAUAAACUGGUAAACCUCAUGACAAAGAAAAAGAAUGUACCUAAGCUUCUUUUCAUUUACAGAGUGUCAAGUUAUUUAA